AUGAGUUGGGGACUUCGUCCAGAAGGAUAUGGAGAACCUUUCUACGGUACGUGUCGGUAUCACUUUGUCUAUUUAAUUGGUGGAUGGAAUGGUGUGAAUGGUAGGUGGUAUGCGGAAGUAAACUUUGCCUUUUGGGAUGAGGUAGGAUUUUCUAUUCAAAUGUACCACAAUGGUGAAAUAAGAGGUAACUAUUAUGUGAAUGGGUCUGUGGAUUGGUUUGAUUAUUGUGAUAAGGAUAGAAUGUCAAUGACUGAGAUAGAUGCCAUGGUGAAGGAGUUAGGGCACGAAGGUUUGAUUAACUACUGGUACAGUAUUCCAGGUGAUAGUUUUGAUGGUGGCCUAGUUAAGCUGAGUGAGGAUACAGAUGUCUUAGACAUGCUAGUAUUUGUGCCAGACACUAGGGUGAUAAAUAUAUUCCUAGAACAUGUGUUGGCAUGCAGUCAAGAGCAGUUUUACAGUCAAGUGGGUUCAAACAUAUUUAUAAAUCUGGAUGAAGAUUUUGGGACCAAUACUGGGGUAGUUUUACAAGAGCUUGAUGACAAUUAUGGUGCCAUUGUUCCAGUGGGUGGGGGAGUUGAAGAGUUGAAUGAAGAAGCAGGUGGAGAAGGCAAAGAGUUGAAUGAAGAAGGGCUGAAUGAAGAAAGGUUGAAUGAAGAAGGGCUGAAUGAAGAUGGGUUGAUUGAUGAAGCUUCUAAACAAGGCAAAGAAACUGCCACUGUGAAUAAUGAGGAGAAUUUUGACAAGGGCCAAGAAAAGCCAAGUCAAGGUUGUUCUGAUAAAGGCAAAGGCAAGGAUAAAGAGAUGUCACAUAGGGUGAAGCGUGCAUUUGGUAAAAAAAGAUGCUCCAGUUUGAGGAGGACAAAGAUUGUUCACCAUAAAGACAAAGUUGUGGAAGGAAGGGUUGAUGGUGUCAGGACCGAGGUUCAAAGGCAUUCCAUGAUGUUGAGAAGUGGAAGAAUAAUGGCAAAUGCUGCAGACUUUGAAGAUGAAGAUGAUGAUGCUUGUGAUAGUGAUAGUGAGGACUCAGAUUAUAUGAUUCCCAAAAACUUCAAUGAAGAUGAAGAUCAAGAUGAUGUUUGUUUUGAUGAAUGGGUGGAUGACCAAACUGAAUGGACAGGGGUUAAAGAAACUGGGAAUGAGGCUGCUCCUGAUUGGCCUACAGAUGUUGAAUUGGAUUCUGAAGAUUCUGAGUGCAGGGAUUAUGCCAAGUAUAAUUCUGACAGGAAGUUGAUAAGAUUGGCCAGAAUUCAAUGCUGCAACUGA